GGGGAUCCGAUCCGACAACGCCUGGCUGUUCAGCAUGGGAGACGACGAGGAGAGGCAGCCACCUGGCGUGUACACCCUGGUUACAGAAGAAGGUGAGAAGAAGACAUCCAUUGGCUUUACAGGAAAAGCUACGGCCAACUAUGCGAAUGGCGAUAUCUACGAAGGUCUCUUCGAAAAUGGCAUUCGGCAAGGAGCCGGUGUCUACACGUACCUGAAGGGCGACGUGUUCACUGGCACCUUCGAGAAUAAUCUGAAGACCGGCCUGGGCAGAAUCACGUACAAGAAGGGUGGCUACUUCCAUGGUCACUUCAAAGACGGGAAACGCAAUGGCGAGGGUACCCUCCUGUAUGCCAAUGGCGAUAUCUACUCAGGUGAAUGGAAAGAUGGCAAGAAACACGGGCCUGGGACGUAUGUCUUCAACAAGACCAAGUAUGAAUACAAAGGAACUUGGAAGGACGGUCAGAUUGUCACAGGUACCUGGACCUUGACGGACGGCACGCAGUACCGCGGCGGCUUCCAAAGCCAAAAGCCCUGUGGCGACUCGACUUGGACCACCCGUCAAGGCACCAUUGUGGAGGGCUCCUAUGUGCAACAGGUGGUCCCCGUGGAUUCAGCUCCGCCCGCCAAGCCCGGAGAGACCCCUGCGGUGGUCACGCGAUGCUUCUGGAGCACUGCAGCGCUGGUCAGCUGAGGCUGCUGCAGGCUGGACCUCAACAAGAGGACGGUUGUGCAUCCAACGAAGGCACAGUGCCGUGUUUCACCCUGCAAGGACCUGAGUCGCAAUGCUGAGUCGC